AUGGAGUACCCAGACGAGGAUGAGCUGCUGCAGCAGCAACAGCAGCAGCCAAAGGCUGCCACUACGGACGCUAAGAAAAGGAAAAAAAAGGUGUUGCUCAUGGGGAAGAGCGGGUCGGGCAAGUCGUCCAUGCGCUCCAUCAUCUUCAGUAACUACGUGGCCAAAGACGUGAGGCGCCUCGGGGCCACGAUCGAUGUCGAGCACAGCCAUGUGAAAUUCAUUGGGAAUCUGACGUUGAACCUCUGGGACUGCGGAGGGCAAGAUGCGUUUAUGGAAAGUUACGUCGGGUCACAGCGCGAGAACAUCUUCACCGACGUCGCCGUGCUCGUCUACGUCUUCGAUAUCGAGUCGCGCGAGGUCGAACGCGAUCUGGAAACCUACAAUGCCAUCAUCCGUGCUCUGGAGGAAUACAGCCCGACCGCCUUCGUCUUCUGCCUCAUCCACAAGCUCGACCUGAUCCAGUCCGAACACCGGCACCGCGUGUGCGAAGAGCGCGCCGCGCUGCUCCGCAGCCGCUCUGAGUCGUUUGAGAUUAUCACAUUUGGAAGCAGCAUCUGGGAUCAAUCGCUGUACAAAGCCUGGGCGGGGAUCGUGCACAAGCUGAUUCCGAACCUUUCGUACAUCGAGCGGUUCUUGACAUCAUUCUCGGAAAAGAUUGAGGCGGAGGAGGUCGUUCUGUUCGAACGGUCUACCUUCCUCACUAUCACUUCCGUCACUUCAGAAGUCGGCCAUCUAAACCCCAUUUUUGACAGGCAUGAGCGCUUGUCGAAUAUCAUGAAAGCGUUUAAGCACUGUGCCGCCAAAAACACGCAUACCGCGGCCGGCACGGCGAAUCUAAUUGUCAUGCACACCAAAACCCCACAGUUCAACGUGUUCUUGGGCAGAUUCACCGAGAAUACAUAUAUUUUCGUUGUUGUUCCCCCUGGCGAAGCUUCAUACAACUGCGCUGUGCUAAACACAAUGCUGGCGCGAGAAGGUUUCGCAAAAGCUGCAGCAGAAGGACAGGAUGCAUUUGCUCUGGCGUACGGAGAGGAGGCUGGCGACGAGGAAGACGUGCCGGAUGCACUUGCUACUGACCCACCUCAGGCUUAA